AUGCUUCAACUCGUUCCAGCGCAAGCAGGAAAUUCCAAAAGCCACGAGCUUCGAUCCUUGAGCAGUAACAGAAUCCCGGAAAGGGGUUGGCAAGCUGUCGAUACAACCAUGCUCGCCAUUGACAGAAGCUCAGCCUUCCUACUCAAACAAUCAGAGCAUGCCCCAGUCAUUCGACUUAUACGACCCAAAAUCGACCCCGAAUUGAUCAAAAGCUGGCUCAACUACUGCCAAGACAAUCAUUCCAGUGCAUGUGGUAUAGGAGAUGGACCACUUUCGUCCAAGUUCAUCACAUCCCCGCUCUCUGCAAUCACCUCGUUUAAAGUAAUCGAUUGUGAGACGAGACAAAUUGUUCAUGGCUCUGGAGUCCAAUACGUGGCUCUAAGUUAUGUAUGGGGAGCGGGUGAGAGAGGUCCAGACUUUUCUCGAGUGUUGCCACCUCAGCUGCCUGAAACUAUUGAAGACGCUAUUGUCAUUACUCAAUCCUUGGGUAUGCGAUUUCUCUGGAUAGACCGGUUUUGUAUCAAUCAGUCUCAGCCAACUGAAGUGCAGGAACAGGUGGGGCACAUGGACUUGAUCUACAGCUGUGCUUAUCUCACAAUUAUUGCCGCUGCAGGAGCAACCCCCAAUCACGGCCUCCCAGGUGUCGGAAAAAGAUGCAGACAACCCCAACCGCACGGAACAGUCCGAGGACACAUGUUAGUAUCGUCUCUCCCGGAUCCAAGAGACGAAAUACGACAUUCGAAAUGGUUUCAACGAGGCUGGACUUAUCAAGAAGGCAUUCUUUCUCCCAGACGACUUAUCUUCACCGACAGUCAGGUAUACUUCGAGUGCUCUGGCAUGUACUGUUGUGAAGCUCUCAUCCUCCCCUUACGAAGCCUCCAUACUCAGAACGGUCACCGUUUCAAAGCACAAUUUUGUGACAAAAUUAACAUUGGGAUGUUCCCGAGAGGAAUCGGCACGUCAGACUGGGAGAUAGUCCAAAGAAUUGAAGAAUAUACUGAAAGGCAGUUGACCGAUCCCACUGACAUCUUGAAGGGGUUUCUUGGCGUCUUACACGCCUUUGCAAGGAGCCGGAAACGAGUGUUACAUUGUGCUGGCGUGCCGAUAAUUUCGGCAUCUUCACAACGAAGGCUUGGUCGGGAAUCAAAGCCACGUCUACACGAACUGUCUCCACUCACUGGAUUUUUGGGGGGAUUAUGUUGGGGGGUUGCUGCACCAGCAGAGCGGCGUGAGGGGUUUCCGUCCUGGUCCUGGACAGGUUGGCGAAGCAAGAUAAGAUGGGAAAUAGAAGACUGGCAAUGGAACCUGCUAGGCCCGAACAAGGAUCUUCAAAUCUCAAUCCAGCUUGAAGAUGGGAGCGUUGUUAACAUGGAGAAAUUCUGUCACGCCUACGACGACAUGAGCAUGAAGAUUUCCGACACUUUGCAUAUCGCUACCUGGACCUUCCCGGUGCGAAUCCUAGAACUCGAAGACAAAGAACCAUCCGUAUGGAGAUUCGCGCCAACUUGCACUACACCCAUUCUUCCGGAUACCAAGUGCACUGGGAUACAUUUGCUUCACACCACUGAAGGAGAGGUAUUCCAAAGACUGUAUGUUCUGGUGAUUCGGGAAGUGGAGGGUGGAGUAUAUGAGCGAGUGGGUCUUGGUGAAAUGGAUAGUGAUAUGAUGACAGUUUCCGAGUUUAGGGGAUUGAGGCUUGGAAAUCUGGAUGACGAUGGAUUACGACCAUUUGUAACAGUAUGGCGACCACUUCCUGCACCAAAGAAAGUAUGGAAGGAGUUUCAGCUUCGUUAGGCUGCAUUCAAAUAUAAAGCGUAGCUAUUUGCAAUAAGUAACGGAAUAAAGUUUGUUUUUA